AUGUUCAAGAAGAAGCCAACAGUCAAGCCUUUGGCUCCCCUGCGAUCUUCGGACCGUCGUAAGACAGCCGACAGUAUCAUCGCCGAGUAUGGCCUCCAACCCAAAGCACAGGACGACAGCAACAUCGACGACAAAGCAGCCGCCACCGCAGAGACAACCGCCUUGAGAAACGCUCUGCUGCCCGACGGUGUGCAGACUGCGAGAUUCACAACCACCCAUGGACCCGACCUGAAACAAGUCUCUGGCACAGUCUAUGUCGGAGCAUACCCUGGAGAUGACGCUCGAGUCCUGUGGUUUAAGAUUGAGGAUCGCAUGUAUCCUACAGUAUACACCCUCUGGAAACAGCCCGGCAUUGUGCCUCUACUACACACUCCUGGCUUUGUCGUCCAGAAGCUGCAAGGUGGUGCAGACCUCAUGACUCCAGGCCUGGCCAAUGGUCCCCCCUUUCACCCCAAAGCCACCAAAGGUGCUGUUGUCGCCAUCGCAAGCCUCGAACAGCCUUCGGUACCCGUCGCCGUUGGCGCCUGUCUGAUCGAUGUCAGCUCGCUUGGUGCCGUUCAAGGCUCUCGUGGCCAUGCUGUCCAGACCAUGCACUGGGCUGGUGAUGAAAUCUGGUCCUACAGCAAUUCCAACAAGCCUGGUCUCAGCCCUCCAGAGUCUAUACAAGGCUGGCUGUCGAGCAAAGACGAUGAGGAAAAGUUGGUCGAGCAGGCUGCUGAUCUUGACAUUGAAGAUGAUGAGGAAGAGCAAGGAGGUGUCAUCUUGGACAAGCCUCCCUCUGGUCAGCCAGACCCCUUAGAAGGCCUGGGAGAGGAUCCCUCAGAAGACGAGGGUCUUGUCGAGAAGGUCGACAUCAAAGAGAUGACUACCAAAGCAGAAAUCGAUGACGCCUUCCGCAAAGCCUUCCUCUACGGUGUCUACCACCACAAGGAGACCAACGCCAACCAACCUAACUUUGGUCUCGAGUACCCUUUAACCCAAUCAUUCGUCAUGUCAAACCUCGUCCAGCCCUUCCUUCCCGUCUACACGCCACAACAAGCAAACUCGCUACAGAUCAAAAAGUCGAGCUACAAGAACAUCAAAAAGUUCAUCAAGUCGCUGGACAAGGCAAAAAUUGUCAAGACGAAAGAGAGGGACCAACACGAGACUGUCAUUCUUGACAUUGACUUCAACGAUGCUUCCAUUGUCGACUUCAUCCCUUACCGUCUGCCCAAGAAGGAGACUGCAAACGGCACAAGUCUUGGUCGCGGCGCCAAAGCAACCGCCGAGAUCGACACAACUGACAGCUCGAUUGGUCAAAAACUCGAAAAGCAACAAUACUACAAGCUAAAAGACAGACUACUGCCACUCUUCGAAUCUGCAGACGCAUCUUCUCAAUCCCUCUUCACAGCCGCAGAAAUCAAACCCAUCAUCACCGCCUACAUCGAAUCCGAAAAUCUCGUCAAUCCAAAGAACAAACGCCUCAUUACUCUCAACCCAACACUUGCAAACGCUGUAUUUGAUGGCUCAACGCCGCUGGACAAGGAAGUUUUGGCCAAGGGCUCUGUUCCCAGAGAUGCACUCACCGAACGCAUUCUCCAAGCCUGCACAACUCACUACGCCAUCCUUCGCAAUGGCACUCCCCUCUCUUCCUCGAAACCAAAAUCUGGCGCCGCUCCAAAGAUCAAGGUCACUCUCGAGACACGCUCGGGCAACAAGACAGUCACCAAAGUUUCGGGCGUUGAAGCUUACUUCAUUCCUCCUCAGCCACUGGCAGACGAGUUGAGAAAGAUGUGUGCGGGUAGCUCUAGUGUUGAGCAGUUGCAUGGAAGUAGUCCCAAGGCGCCCGUCAUGGAGAUCAUGAUCCAAGGGCCGCAGAAGGAUGCUGUCUUGAAAGCUUUGGACAAGAGGGGUGUAAGGCCUGCGUGGGUCGAGUUUCUGGACAAGACCAAGGGCAAGAAGAAGUAA